CGUCAUUCCUGACGUUAGACUCCUUCGCCCAGAAAUCCUGCAUUUUAUCAAUAAAUGCACCCGCAGACCACCAUUUCUUAAACAACCUCCUCCUCCUCGAAGCUACCAGACUCCAUUCCUAUCCAAGAAAAGCACCAAAACCUCGCUCCAAAGCAAUGGCAACUGGAAAGUUGCAGGAGGUUCUUCCCCCAGUCCUGGAUUCUACUUCCGAACAACCGACUCUUUUCGAUGGAACCACGAGGAUGUAUGUAACUUAUACAUGCCCAUAUGCACAACGCACAUGGAUUGCUAGAAAUUAUAAGGGAUUGCAGGAUAAAAUAAAAUUGGUUCCUAUUAAUCUGCAAAAUAGGCCUACUUGGUACAAGGAGAAGGUCUACCCUGGAAAUAAGGUGCCUUCGUUGGAGCACAAUAAUGAAGUCAAAGGAGAGAGUUUGGAUUUGCUCAAAUACAUCGAUAGCAAUUUCGAAGGCCCGGCGCUUCUCCCUGAUGAUCCUGCCAAGGAGGAGUUUGCAGAAGAGCUACUUUCAUACUCUGAUACCUUCAAUUCUGUCAACUACAGAUCAUUUCCCCAAGAGACUGUACCAGAUGAAGUUGGUGCUACCUGUGAUCAUCUAGAAAGCGCUCUUUCCAAAUUUGAUGAUGGGCCAUUUUUCCUUGGCCAGUUCAGUAUGGUGGAUAUUGCUUAUGCUCCAUUCAUUGAAAGAUUCCAAAACUUCUUUCUGGAAUUAAGGAAAUAUGACAUCGCCACAGGCAGGCCAAAGCUGGCUGCAUGGAUUGAGGAGCUGAAGAAGAUUGAUGCCUACACACAAACCGUACAGGAUCCGAAGGUGCUACUUGAAGGUUACAAGAAACGUUACCUGCAUGACAGACGUGCAAUAUCCAAGCCAUCCAUUAUUAGAAGGGUACCACUAUGUAGAUCCCUAUCUCAAGAAUGAGGUUGGUCCACUAGUCAUGUAUUCCACAAUUAAAUCAACGAAUAAAUGCUUGUGAAAGAUCGGCUGAGGUUUUCUAAUACAUCCGCUUUUUUCUAAUGUGAUGGCCUUGAGUGUACCACAUUCAUCUUUUGGCAGUAGCUGCAUCUACACACCAAGGUCCACAUGAUGGAUGGCUUGGGUAUAUCACCUGCGUGGCACGCUGGAAAAUGUGGUUGCAUGUGCAUUAGCUGACUUGUACAUGCAUGUGGACUUUCGCAAAGCUCCUCUUUGUAAAUAGCUAAUCCUUUGUCUCGAUCUAUUU